UUUAAAAAGCCUUGGAAGUUACAUCAGAAGUUAAAGUUACAUCAGAAGUUUAAAAAGCGUAGUUUAAAAAGCCUUGGAAGUAUGUAUCUGUAUUUUCAGUUUUCGGAAAUUGAUUUUUCGUUUUUUCGACAUGGUUCCGGAUACCAAAGACAUUUUUUCUUUUUCCUCGUGGUAUGGCGAUUUUACUAACGUGACAUUUGAAAGCAGAAUUAUCGAGCUUUCCGAAGACUUCCUAAACUACCUAAAUCAAGAUGGGAUCUUUAUUCCUCCUGAAUUAGGUCAGCCUGCAGAGAACGCGAACGAGAAUGAAGGAAACGGGUUUUCUUCAGAUGAGGAUGAUGAAGUGGAGCGCUAUGAAUGGGUCCCCGAAUUCCGUUUGGCCAUGAACACUGCGCUAGCCGAAUUAGGCGGCCAGGUGAUUCCUAAACUGAAUUGGUCCGCACCGAAGGAUGCUUCCUGGAUUCUGCCAAAUCGGCAGUGCAAAUGUACCUCGGUAGCCGAUGUGCUUAUGCUGCUGAAAGCAUCCACAUUUAUUGCCUUUGACGUUGUGAAGCUUUCACAAAAGACCUCCGCUAUUCGUACCAAACCGGAGCUGGUAUUGCGCAAAUGGUUUGAUAUCAAUCCAGGCUGGGAAUUUCGCUGUUUCGUCAAAGGGAACUCUUUGAUCGGAAUCACGCAGCGUUAUUGCACCACUUACUAUCCCCACAUUGCUCAAGACCCAGAACGACUAAAAAUCCAAAUUAAAGAGUUUUUUGCGAGAAAGAUUUGCGGAAGAUUCCCCGCCGGGGAUUUCGUGUUUGAUGUGGUUAUACAAAACUCUGCUACAUCCGGCGUUGUUUUAGUGGAUUUUAAUCCUUUCGAUCGAAUAACGGACGCUAUUCUUUUUACAUGGGAUGAACUGCUCAGCGUCGAUAGCGUAGCUGAUGAUGAAUUGCUGCGUUUUGUGAAUUCUUAUUUAUCCAUCCAACCGGAUGAAAUGCGCCAGUACCAGAUUCCUGCAGAUAUUUCCGACAGCCGAUUUACCACUCAUGGUCAAGACCUAUUCGGAUACUUGGAUAACGAAAUAGUCAAGCAGACAGACAGUAAGAACUGAUAUCUCACAAUAUACUGCUGUACUCGCGAACAAAAAUAAUAAAACUGAAGGCCUUCAUCAUCGUCGUUUUCACGUACGAAAGUCAGCUUGUGUUCUCAGUAUAUUGUGUUUUCCAUUUCGACCGAAAUUGUUAAUCUCUAAUAUUCACAAUCAUUGCUUUUAUGUCAACCGGAAAAUGUUUUACUUUCCUUUGCACUUUUCCCCCACUGAAAUUAUCCGUCCGAAGUGAUUUAAGACAAGCUACUACGAGAAGGCGUCCGUAACAGGACAACUGAUUUUCACAGUUCACAGGCUCAACAGUGUCCACACUAUCAAAAUGACACCGAAAGGGAAAAGCAUCUUUUUAUACAGAAAACGAAACCAGAAGUCACGCCUUAAUUCUUAAUAAACGGUAACAAAUGUUAGAAAAAUAAGUGAGCUUAUAGAGUGUUGCUAAUAAAGAUUUUGUCAAAACGAAAGACCCACUCCAGUCGUUGUCGCAGCUGGAAGAAUUUUCACCGGUGAUGCCUUUGUAUCGGAGAGUAAUGGAGUGUGCUCGUUGAUGCUCCGAAGUAAAUCAGAGUGAGACAAAAUGACACUUCUUUGACGUUUCCGGAGACUGCUGGACCCGCUUUUGGUGUC